GAAUGAACGAACGAGCACGUUUGCUUUGGUUCUUGAAAUAGAAUUCCCUCGUGUAAGUAUAUUUUCUUUAUUUACAAAGUAUUAGGCUUAUUUUACAUGACUGCGCGCGCUUACAGUCCCGGCAUCACGAAGCAGGAGUUCCUGACCCUGUAGCGCCCGAGGAUGCCCAGUUCCGGCCAUAAAAGUGCAAGCUGGGUAGAAUGUUUGGUGCUUGGAUUUCGGAGGUGCUAGUGGGGCAGAUAAGGACCGCUUCCUGGUGUCUGGGGGAAGGAGAAGCGCCCCCGCCCCCCGUUCGGAACGCUCUCCAUCUCCAGUCCCUCAGAGGAAGUCGUGGCGAAGAAGCUGCUUCCAGGCCCCGCGCGCGCCUCUCCAGGUGCCCGUCCCGCUCCCGCGGCGCCUUCGUCCGGGAGGCUCUUCGCGGCGGCCGGACCCGGCCGACUUCCCUUCCAGCCGAGGCGCCUCCUUCCGCUCAGCGCCGCGCGGCUCCGUUCGGGACGUGUCCGCGCCUCCGCGACCACCGGAGCCACUUCGGGGCGAUGCUGGGGCCGCCGGUCUGGGCGCUGGUGGCCGGCGUCCUGCUGGCGCUGUCGCCGGGCCGGGCGGAGGGCGCCCCGAGGGCGGGCCGGCGGCCGGCGCGGGCGCGGGGCUGCGCGGACCGGCCCGAGGAGCUUCUGGAGCAGCUGUACGGGCGACUGGCGGCCGGCGUGCUCGGCGCCUUCCACCACACGCUGCAGCUGGGCCCGCGCGAGCAGGCGCGCAACGCCAGCUGCCCGGCCGGGGGCAGGCCCGCCGACCGCCGCUUCCGGCCGCCCACCAACCUGCGCAGCGUGUCUCCCUGGGCCUACAGGAUCUCCUACGACCCCGGCCGCUUCCCCAGGUACCUGCCCGAGGCCUACUGCCUGUGCCGGGGCUGCCUGACCGGGCCGCGCGGGGAGGAGGAUGUGCGGCUGCGCAGCGCCCCAGUGCUCGUGCCCGCGGUGGUCCUGCGCCGGACCCCGGCCUGCGCGGGCGGCCGCGCCGUCUAUACUGAGGAGUACGUCACCAUCCCCGUGGGCUGCACCUGCGUGCCCGGGCCAGACAAGGAUGCAGACGGCGCCAACUCCAGCCUGGACAAGCCGGCCCGGCCCUGAGCACCCAUCCCCAAUCUGGGGACCCCGAGGCCCCGAGGAAACUCGGACGGAGCACCCAGCGCUGGACUGGACUGGACUGCACUGUGUGUGAGCCUGACCUCCUGCAUCCCCCAGGCUUCCUCUUGGGCAGGAGCGCAGGGCGGUGAAAGGUGGCAGGAACCAACCACGUGGCAGCCCUGCGUGGGCGGCCCAAGGCUGGGGCCACCACAGGUGACCCGCUUUGCCAGAGUUCGUUGAGGCUCCCGGCCACCGGCCCCUUGCAACCACGGGUGCAAGGACCGCUGGGAGGGGACAGAGCCUCGAGGACAAACGCUUACCACCUUUUUUAAAAAAAGUAGAAUAUAUACCUUCUUGUUUAUUCAGGAUUUUCAGUAGGGGCAGAAACUUUUUAUAUUAGCCAUUUUGAGCAAGUAUAUUAAAAACAUUUUACUUGACAUGUAAACAUUUUAUAAACAUUGUUUUCACUUCCUCGGCAGGAGUUUUUAGAAGCACAGCCUCUAGCCCGCCCUGUGGCCUGGGUCCCUGAACCCCGCCUGUUGCCGACGGUCACCAGUGGACAUGGCUGCCUAGGACCUGCCCUCCCUCUGGGAGGCUCAGCUCGCCCCAGAAUCUCACACUUGUAAGGUUUAUACAAUUAGAAAUUUUUUUCACUUGCAGACUUACGAUUCCCAGAAAUCAGGAGUGGAGUCCUCUUCUACGACCGCAACGUGAGCUAAACCUUUACUCUUUUCUUUAG